AUGUCUAAUAUAUGGAUGGCUGACAAUGUUGCAAAGAUGAUGUUUGUCUCUGGAGAGACUGCCGAGCCGUCACCUGAAACGACCACACUGAUUGAAGAGAUCACCCGCCAGCAAGUCAUCGAAAUCGUAAGCACUAAUAUGAUUGAUACGCCCUCAAUUCUGGCACUGACGAUGAUACAGCUCACCCGAAGCACCGCCUUGGCAACCCGCCGUGGAGUUCGGUCCAUCUCCACCGACGACCUUAUCUUCUUGAUCCGCCACGACAAGGCAAAGGUUUCUCGCCUUCGGACUUUCCUCUCCUGGAAAGAUGUCCGCAAAAACGUCAAGGAUUCCGAUGAUAAAGGUGGCGGUGGUGAUGCCGCAGACUUUGCAGCCGAUGAAGCCGCGGGGGCUGUUGCAGGCCCAGCAGACGUAGCCGCCAAACCCAAGAACAAGAAAGCGAAAGUCGGCCUUGCUUGGGAUGUCAACAGUUUCUAUUCCAUCCAAAUUCCCGAACGCGAAGAUGAGGAAGACGAGGAGGAAGAAGAGCAGAACUACGCAACCCUGCAGCGUCUUGCAGCCGCCGACGAGCGCACCCGCCACAUGACCAAGGAAGAGUAUGUGUUCUGGUCUGAGUGUCGCCAAGCAUCGUUCACAUACCGAAAGAGCAAGCGGUUCCGUGAGUGGGCGGGCUUCGGCAUCGUGACCGAGUCCAAGCCCAAUGAUGACAUUGUGGAUAUUCUUGGGUUCCUUACAUUCGAAAUCGUGCAGACUUUGACGGAGGGGGCCCUCAAAGUCAAGGAGCGCGAGGACAACGAGAAGAAUCGCCGCGGGGGUGCCGAAGCGGGUGAGAAUUUGAAGAAACGCAAGCGGGAGACUGGUCUGUUUGAUCCGCCUGAGGAGGGACGUACUCCAAUUGAACCGCGACACGUCCGUGAGGCAUAUCGCAAGUUGCAGGCGACGCCCCAGAAGGCGGUUGCAAUGCUACUACACGGUGGUCGUGUCCCAGCACGUCUCCCUCUAGUUUUGAUUUGA